GAACUGGACAGGUCGCAAUACUCGCGUUGUUCCUAUAUUGCUUCAUGAAGAUAAAGUCGACUGGAUAAAGUCUGCAUUUAUUAUCCAUAUUCCAGUAUUCUACUCAAUGUACAACGUAACUUUAAGUUAAGGUGUAGUGCUGACAAAGCCUGAACGAUUGCACUUAAAAGCAUUUCUUGAAAUAUUUACAAAAAUGUUAAGUCUGUCAAACCUGUGCCGCUGCACACAGUCUCUGCGGGUGGCUCAGAGCAAGUUACUGGUGUCUGGUGCAAGGAAUGGCUUUAACACAACAAAUAUUGUCAGCCGACAACUCAUCACACAGAAUAAUAAAGCCAGCAGGUUCAAAGGAUUAAGGCUAACAGAUCUUCUGAAGCCUCAAAGCAUUGCAGUUCGCUUCUGCCAGAAUGCCCCGAAACAGAAAUCCUCAAAAGUAGUGGGAUACUGGCUCCUAGGAUGUUCGGGGAUGGUGUUCACUGCCGUCGUGCUAGGUGGCGUGACCAGGCUAACGGAGUCAGGGUUGUCAAUGGUGACAUGGAAACUUCUUGGAGAGAAAAUGCCGAGGUCUGAAGAGGAGUGGCAACAGGAGUUUGAAAAAUAUAAGCAGUAUCCAGAGUUCAUAUAUAAAAACCAAAACAUAACGCUAUCAGAGUUCAAAUGGAUUUGGUACAUGGAGUUUGCUCACCGUACGUGGGGGCGUGCUAUUGGCGCUGCUGUGUUCCUGCCCGCCGCUUUCUUCUGGGCUAAAGGCUAUUUAGACAAGGCGAUGAAAAUUCGGGUCGGGGCUUACUGCAUGCUCGUUGCGGCUCAGGGUCUAAUGGGCUGGUACAUGGUCAAAUCAGGUCUAGAAGACCGUUUCCAAGGACCAUCAGAUGUGCCCCGAGUGUCUCAGUACCGUCUCGCUGCCCAUCUGAGUUUAGCUUUCAUUCUGUACUCUGGACUCCUAGCUGGAGCUCUGAGGGUGCUCCGCCCCUUCCCUACUGCCUCCACACUCAGGACUCUUAAGGAACUGAAGAGCAUCACUGCGCUCGCGCAUACAGUUAAGGCUAUGGCUUUCUUGACUGCUGUUUCAGGCGCCUUCGUAGCGGGUUUAGACGCCGGCCUAGUAUACAGUUCAUUCCCAAAGAUGGGAGACAAAUGGAUUCCUGAUGACAUUCUGGAAUUCUCACCAACACUGCGCAACUUCACUGAGAAUCCCACGACGGUGCAGUUCGACCAUAGGAUCCUUGGUACCACUACCCUGGCACUGGUAACUGGACUAUGGUACAUGUCCAGAGGGAAGGCGCUGUCUCCCAUGGCAAGGAGAGUCGUCAAUGGAGUCGGAGCUAUGGCGUGGUUACAGGUGUCGCUGGGUAUCAUGACCCUCCUAUACUACGUGCCGACCCCGCUGGCCGCCUCGCACCAGUCCGGCUCUCUAGUGCUCCUGUCUCUCGCUAUCUGGCUCACACACGAGAUCAAGCUGUUGAAAUACAUACCAAAGUAACGCACCCAACACAGAC